AUGGAUCGAUUUAUAACUUCCACAUCAGUUAAAAAAAUUCGUUUGGACGUCGAACCAGCAGAAGCUCAAAAUGUGGACGACCCAACAACUCUCAUUUCUACUCACGUUUCACUUGCACCUGCACCUUAUUAUAAAUAUUUAUUUGACGAAUUUUAUAAGCUUCGAAAUGUGGAAAAUCUUAAAGUAACAGCUGUUUGUCAAAACUGUUCUAAAGUUGUUAGUGGGUCCACAAAAUCAAGUGGUAAUUUUUUAAGCCAUAUAAAGCGGAAACAUAACUCGUUGAUGUCGAAAGUAGAAGACGCAAGAAAAAAAAAAGAUCAAGAAACAUCAACAAUGAUUCAAACAAAAAUCUAUGAUACUCCAAAAGUGUCAAAAGAACUGGUGAAGGAUUUAGUUUUUAACUACAUUGUUGAAGAAAUGAAACCACUAGCAACAUGUGAAAAACCAUCAUUCAAACGGUUGAUUCGAGGCCUUACAUCAGAUUCUAUUGUACUUCCAUACAGAAAAGCUCUUGUCAGUGAACUAAACCAUAAAUAUAAAGCUUAUGUAGAAAUGUUAACUGGAUUUAUUGAAAAACAAAGUUAUGUGUGUGUUACUGCUGAUAUUUGGAGUUCCAACAAUAAGAGCUAUUUAGGAAUGACUUGUCAUUUUAUCGAUGAACUUAACUACAGUAGGUAUUCUUAUAUAUUAGCUUGCAGGCGUAUAAAAGGAAAUCAUACUUAUUUAAAUAUUGCCAAAGUAAUCAAUGAAAUAAUGCUGGACUUUAAAAUUGAAAAUGAAAAAGUUACCCAUGUAGUUACUGACAAUGCCUCAAAUUUUGGCAAGGCAUUUCGUACAUUUUCAAAACAAUUUAAUGUGACUGAUACACAUAUUUCUGAUUCAAAUUAUUUAGGCUUAAUAAGUAGUGAUGACUCAGAUAGCGAUGUUAACAUAAGUAGUGAUGAUGAUGUAAAUGAUUCUAAUCUUGAAUUUGACGUUGUAGAUUUGUCUUCAUUGAUGUUAAAUCAUAAAGAAACAAUUACUAAUACAAUGUCUCUACCAAGUCAUUUAACAUGUUCAGCACACACGUUAAAUCUAAUAGCUUCAGUUGAUACUGCCAAAAUAGUUGAUCAAGCCUAUAAUUCAAUUUCAAAAAUUACAUUUAAAAAGUUAUCAUCAUUUUGGAAUCUUCUUAGUCGAAGUACUGUAGUCUCAGAUAAAGUUUUUGAUUUAUGUAGUUGUAAAUUUCCAGUUCCUAAUUUGACAAGAUGGAAUUCUAUGUAUGAUGCUGUACAUAAAGUAGUUACAAAUAAACAGAAUUUAGUCUUGGUGUUUAAUGAGUUAAAAAUGAAAAAAAUGAAAAAAAAUGAAUGGAGUUUUUUAGAAGAAUAUUGUAAGGUGAUGGGCCCCCUUGCAAUAUCAUUGGAUAAAUUGCAAGGUGAAAGGUCUUGUCAUUUAGGUUUUGUUGCCCCCACUAUACUGGCAUUAAGGCUUUUAUUAAUACAGAUGGAUAACUUGGUCCACUGUAGACCUUUAUGCUUUAAUAUUAUAAGCAGUUUGGAGAAGAGAUUUGAUUAUAUAUUUGAUUUAAAAAAAGUCAAAAGUAAAUCCUUCAUUUUAUCUGCUAUAAGCCACCCAAAGUUUAAACAAUCCUGGAUACCCAAUAGAUACAAAUCAUAUUGUAAACAAAUAUUUUUUGAUGAGUGCUAUUUAAUUAAUACUGAUAAAGAAGCUGUUUUAAAUACUGAUGAAAAUGUUGAUAGUGAUAAUAGUGACCAAGAAUUUUUUCAAGUCCUAUCAGAGAAUUGUUUAGAUGUGGAUAUUGAUAUUCAAAGCAAUCAUAAUUGUAUUAAUGCUCAAGCUAUGGAAUAUUUAAACUCAAAAAAUAAAGAUUUUAAUGUUCUUAAUUCAUUUCCAAUCAUAAAGAAAAUGUUUUUCAAAUACAAUACAACACUUCCCUCUUCUGCUCCAGUAGAGCGUUUAUUUAGUAGUGGAUCACAAAUCAUGACACCAAGAAGAAAUCGUUUAAAUGAUAAAACAUUUGAAAUGCUUUUGUGUUGUAGAUUGGUCACUGGUUCUACAGACGGCAUUGGGAAAGAAUACGCCAAGGAAUUAGCCAAGAGAGGUCUUAACAUCGUAUUGAUUAGUAGGACAAUCGAGAAAUUGAAUAAGGUAGCUACAGAAAUAGUACAAGAGUUUAACGUUGAAGUGAAGGUUAUACAAGCCGAUUUCAGUAAAGGGCAGAUCGUGUUCGAUCAUAUCACCAAGGAAUUAGAUGACAUUGAAAUCGGAAUACUGAUAAACAACGUCGGCAUGCAAUACUUGUACCCAAUGUACAUGACUGAAGUACCGGAAUCCACUGUAUGGGACUUGGUGAACGUUAACGUUGGUGCUACCACACAUAUGACAAAACUCGUUUUGCCGGGAAUGCAAAAGCGGAAACGGGGAGCGAUCGUAAACGUGUCAUCUAGUGCCGAAUUGCAGCCCAUGCCACUGUUGGCUGUUUACGCAGCAACCAAGUCAUACAUAAAAAGCUUUACAGAAGCACUUCGCAUCGAGUACGAAGAAGACAAUAUUACUGUACAACAUCUUUUCCCGUUGUUCGUCAACACAAAAAUGAAUGCUUUCAGCUACAGAUUACAAGAGACGACUCUAUUCGUACCCGAUGCAAAGAUGUACGCCACAAAUGCCGUGAACACGCUGGGUAUGGUUAACCACUCAACUGGUUACUGGGCCCACGGUAUUCAGCAUUUUUUUAUGAGACUGCCACCAGUAUGGAUAAGAACUUUGGUUGGAGAAUUUAUGACUCAUUCCUUUAGAAGCGAUUAUUUUUCUAAAAAAGGUUUAAAAGUAGAAUAA